CUCCUCCCUAUUUAUCUCCCACCUCUGCUCCAAAUCAAAAACCAAUUCAUGUAUUGUUAAGCUUUGAGUUCAUCAACUUCACUAGAUUCUGUCUGUGCGUGCGAGCAGAAAAGCUAUAGCAUCUUCUUCUUUUACCUCUUAGUUUUGAGUAGAAUUUGGCUUCUCUCUAAUGGGAAACCAUAGGUUUCGUCUGUCGGACAUUAUGCCGAACACUUGGUUCUACAAGCUCAAAGACAUGAGCCAAAGAUCGAGGAAAAGCCACGGGGGUCAGCCGUCGAGGGCGGGGGCGGUCUCACCGAAGCCCGUCGCGCCACCGGCCACCAAACUGCUUCCAAAUAGAGCCUCUUGCUACUAUUCCAGCAGAACAGAGGUAGAGGGGUUCUCCUUCUUCCCCACCCACUCCAAGGCCAUGGACACUCACUUUCCCGGCGAGCCUCAUCGGAACUCCAAGAAGCGGAGCAGGAACAAGCCCCUCCGAGCACCGCCCAUCAAGCCGAGGUUGGUGGCCUCCUCUGUUCCCGCCGGCUACCACGCCAGAGCACUAAAUACGGAAGAAUUGCUGACUCCGACGCCGUCUCCGUACGAGAUGCCGACGGUUCGACGUGACCUCUACGUGAACGGGGAGGAACUUGAGCUCGAUUUCGGGUCCGACGACGUGGAAUCGUGGUUGCAUUCGGCAAGCUGCAGAUUUACGCCCUCUACCACGGACGUGGACUCGAGCAAGAACUCAAAGCUGGAUGAGUUUGAGCUCGAGCUCGAGUCCAUCUCCGAGCUCAAGCUCCCGCCGAUUUUGACGAAGCCAGUGCCGAAAGAAGCCGAAUAUGAGGACAAAAGCUUGCACCACAACUCCUGGAUCGAUCAAAAUGCAAUCUUGGUUAGCAAGAGCAAAAUCACGAACCAAAGCCAGAGGCAGAGGCAGAGCCAACCGAAGGUCUCUCCCGCCAGCCUCCGCCGCCUCCGAAUUCGAGCCAACUCGCCGCGGCUCACGAGCAAGAUGCUAAGCAACAGGAGGCCGGCGAUAACGAUGCAGCAGAAAAGGGGCUCGCCGUUUCCGUCGAGCUUUGCGGUGGUGAAGUCAUCAUCAGACCCGCAGAGGGACUUCCGGGACUCGAUGAUGGAGAUGAUCGUGGAGAACAACAUCCGGGCGUCCAAGGACUUGGAGGAGCUUCUCGCUUGCUACCUCUCGCUCAAUGCCAACGAGUACCAUGAUAUCAUCGUCGAGGUGUUCCAGCAAAUUUGGUUCUAUCGCACUAACUUCAAACUGUAAAAUUAAUCUACAGAUUAUAUAUCAUAUCUCUAUGAUUCCGCCAUGUCAAUUUCCUCGAAUUAAUAGUUCUAUAUGUAAUUAUAGUGGAUCCCACGGGAUAUGUGAUGAGAUGCUUGUCACAUGAUAUCACGAGGUUAAAAUUUAGGAUAGUCGGAGCGUAAAUCUCCGGUCCCUGUGUAACUCA